AAAAUAUUGUGUUUACAAAUCGUUUCAGUCGAAGUGCUUUGAACAGUUACUGCUCAGAUUGAUUCAACUUGAUUAGGAUUUUAUUGAAAAAUCACUCUCCAUGAUGUCCUCGGCGGUCGACGUCGACCCAACGUUCAAGCACGCCCUCAAGCUGCUGCACUCGUCCAACUCGGACUCGGCCGAAAAGAUCCGGAACCUGCUGGACGAGCUGAUAAAGCAGCGCUUCGGCGGCAGCAAAACUCUGGCCAGUACGCUCACUAAGAAGCACCUCGGCGAGGAGAGUCUGGCUCCGGGAAGCAACCUGUACGUGCGCAAGCAAAAACCGGCUGCCGUUGUUCCGGUGGUCAUUACGUUGCCCGACUCGAAGCAGCAAUCACCGGCCAAGAGUGAGCCGGAGAGUGCCGUUCCGACGCCCCCGCCGCAAUCGGGCCCAAUCAUUCUGUCCCUGUCGGACGUCGAAGGGAACGACGAGGACGAUGACGUCGUCAUGGAGGAGGACCAGCUGAAGGAGCUGGAAGAUUUGAUGUGUAUCGUGUGCCGCCGGAUGGACGUUAGCGGGAACCGGUUGGUCGAGUGUGCCGAUUGUCACUCGCUGUACCACCAGGAGUGCCACAAGCCGGCCAUCUCCGAGGCGGAUGCCAACGAUCAGGAGAACGCCUGGUUCUGCACACUGUGCAAGGGCAAAUCCAUCGGAAAGUCCUCCUCGUCAACAUCCGGAAGCUCGUCCCGCAAGCCGGAACCCACUCCCACGUCAUCAUCCUCAUCUCACUCAAAAUCUUCCAGCAGCAAGAACUACGAAUCGUCAUCGUCUUCGUCCUCGUCGUCGAAGCACAAGAGCUCAAAGUCUUCAAGCAGUCGCGAAGGUUCGUCGCAGCGUUCGUCGGAGCGGUCCGACCGAGACCGCGAAAAAGACAAGGAAAAGUCGUCCAAAAGCAGCAGCAGCAGCAGUUCCAGUGUGGCUGCAGCGGGAUCAUCAUCGGCGGCCGCGGCCGCGUCAUCUUCGAGCGGUGGCGCUGGGACGCCGAAUAUCAAUAUUAUCAGCGCGGACAAGCGGCUGCAGAUGAUGAAGAAAAAGGCGGCUAAAAUGCACGAUAGCAAGCGGAAGCAUAAAUAAAAUAUUACUAUUAAGGUUCACUGAGAAAAAAUAAAAGAGUUUUCUGAUGAAAAUGCUUCAUUUUAA